CAAUCAGUGCUGACCUGACCAUUGCUUCCGGCCUGCCCUCUCACCUGAGGCCGGGGGAGGGCCCGGCUGUAGCAAUAGACUAAGGAGUUCGGGAGCAUCCACUAGGAACCCGCCCCGCCGGGCGUGGGCCCAGCACUGUGGCCAUGCCUGCCUCUGUGCUGUGGGCCGUGGACCUCUUCGGGAGAGUGUAUACCUUGUCGACGGCUGGCCAGUACUGGGAGCUCUGCAAGGAUGUCCAGAUGGAGUUCAAGCGGGUCAGCGCAGCCACUCAGUGCUGCUGGGGCAUCGCCUGCGACAACCAGGUCUACUUGUACGUGUGCUCCAGUGAUGUGCCCAUCCGCCACCGAGAGGAGGCCUAUGAGAAUCAGCGUUGGAACCCCAUGGGAGGCUUCUGUGAGAAGCUCCUGCCGAGUGACCGCUGGUCGUGGAGUGACGUGAGUGGGCUCCAGCAUCGGCCGCUGGACGGGGUAGCCCUGCCCUCGCCACACUGGGAAUGGGAAUCGGACUGGUACGUGGAUGAGAACUUUGGAGGGGAGCCCACCGAGAAAGGGGGGUGGACGUACGCUAUGGACUUUCCCGCCACCUACACUAGAGACAAGAAGUGGAAUUCUUGCGUGCGGAGGCGGAAGUGGAUCCGGUAUAGGAGAUACAAAUCCCGGGACGCCUGGGCCAAGAUCCCCUCGAAGGAUGACCCCAAGGAACUCCCUGACCCCUUCAAUGACCUGUCUGUGGGAGGGUGGGAGAUCACAGAGGAGCCUGUGGGCCGCCUGUCAGUGUGGGCUGUGUCCCUGCAGGGAAAGGUGUGGUAUCGAGAGGAUGUCAGCCACCCCAACCCAGAAGGCUCCUCCUGGUCUCUUGUGGAUACCCCAGGAGAGGUGGUCCAGAUCAGCUGUGGGCCUCAUGACCUCAUAUGGGCCACCCUCUGGGAGGGGCAAGCCCUGGUCAGAGAAGGAAUCUGCAGGAAUAACCCAAAAGGAAGUUCCUGGUCCAUAGUGGAGCCUCCUGGGUCUGAAAAUGGUAUCAUGCACGUCUCCGCGGGAGUCAGUGUGGUCUGGGCCAUCACAAAGGACCGCAAAGUGUGGUUCCGAAGGGGUGUCAACUCCCACAACCCCUGUGGCACCAGUUGGAUCGAGAUGGUUGGAGAAAUGACAAUGGUCAAUGUGGGGCUGAAUGACCAGGUCUGGGGUAUCAGCUGUGAGGACAGAGCUGUGUACUUCCGACAGGGCGUCACCCCCAGUGAGCUCAGCGGGAAGACAUGGAAGGCCAUCGUUGUGGGCCGAGAAAGUGACCGGUCACACUCCGGCAGCUCAUCCAGUCUCCUCAGCGCUGGCUGCUUCUUCGGUGAUGAGGUGAGGGGCAGUGGUUCGGAGUCUGCACCCAGUGAUACCGAUGCCUCCUCGGAAGCCGAGAGACAGGGCCCCGAACAACCUCUCCCCAAAGAAUCUUUGGACAAUUCCAGGAACCUUAAAGAGAGCUUGUCCAAGGGCUCCGAGACCAGCAGGAACACCGAGCAAAGCAUGGAGAACUCCUGCCUGGCCAAAGGCGAAGGGAAGGCUCCUGAGGCCUCUAGCGCCGAUGAGUGCCACGGCCCAGCCUCCACACCAGCCGAGCUGCCCUGGACCAACAUUGACCUAAAGGAGCCCAAGAGGGUGUCUAACCAGCCAGCUGCAGGCUUUCCUGAGACUACAGGCCUCUCCUCCCUGGGGCUCUUCCCACUGGGCAUGGAGGAGCCCUACGGGGCAGAUGACCAUCCUCUGUGGGCCUGGGUGUCUGGAGGAGGGUGUGCCGUGGAGGCAGGCUCUGUGCUCAAGUGGUUCACUGUCCAGCCAGGCCUGUCCUCGUCAGUGCAGACGCUGUCCCUGUCCAUCACGCCCGCCCAGACCGCGGCCUGGAGGAAGCAGAUCUUUCAGCAGCUCACGGAAAGGACCAAGCGGGAGCUGGAGAGCUUCAGACACUACGAGCAGGCUGUGGAGCAGUCGGUGUGGGUGAAGACCGGGGCCCUGCAGUGGUGGUGUGACUGGAAGCCCCACAAAUGGGUGGACGUCCGUGUGGCCCUGGAGCAGUUCACAGGACAUGACGGGACUCGAGACAGCAUCCUCUUCAUCUAUUACAUGGUCCAUGAGGAAAAGAAGUACCUACAUGUGUUCCUGAAUGAGGUGACCGUGCUGGUCCCAGUGCUUAAUGAAGCCAAGCACUCCUUUGCCCUCUACACUCCUGAGAGGACGCGACAGAGGUGGCCCGUGCGUCUGGCUGCCGCCACAGAGCAAGACAUGAAUGACUGGCUCGCCCUGCUCAGCCUGUCCUGUUGUGAGAGCCGGAAAGUCCAUGGACGCCCAUCCCCGCAAGCCAUCUGGUCUGUCACCUGCAAGGGUGACAUCUUUGUGAGUGAGCCCAGCCCAGACCUGGAAGCCCGUGAGCACCUGCUACCCUGCGACCAGAUGUUCUGGCGGCAGAUGGGAGGCCACUUGCGGAUCAUAGAGGCCAACAGCCGCGGUGUGGUGUGGGGCAUUGGCUAUGACCACACAGCGUGGGUAUACACAGGCGGCUAUGGCGGAGGCUGCUUCCAAGGCCUGGCCAGCAGCACCAGCAACAUUUACACACAGUCAGAUGUGAAGAGUGUCCACAUCUACGAGAACCAGCGUUGGAACCCUGUCACAGGCUAUACCAGCAGGGGUCUGCCCACGGACCGGUACAUGUGGAGUGAUGCCACAGGGCUGCAGGAAUGCACCAAGGCCGGCACAAAGCCACCGUCCCUGCAGUGGACCUGGGUCUCUGACUGGUACGUGGACUUCAGUGUCCCCGGCGGCACCGAUCAGGAAGGAUGGCAGUACGCCAGUGACUUCCCCGCCUCUUACCAUGGGUACAAAACCAUGAAGGAUUUUGUCAGGAGAAGGUGCUGGGCCAGAAAAUGCAAGCUGGUGACCAGCGGGCCGUGGCUAGAGGUGGCCCCUAUUGCCCUCGGCGAUGUGUCCAUCAUCCCAGAGGGUGCAGACGCGGAUGGGCGAGGAGGACACAACAUUGCGCUGUGGGCUGUCAGUGACAAGGGGGAUGUCCUCUGCCGCCUGGGUGUGUCCGAACUCAACCCCGCGGGUUCCUCCUGGCUACAUGUUGGCACUGACCAGCCCUUCGCCUCUGUCUCCAUUGGGGCCUGCUAUCAGGUGUGGGCUGUGGCCAGGGAUGGCUCUGCAUUCUACCGGGGCUCUGUGUCUCCCUCUCAGCCAGCUGGUGACUGCUGGUACCAUAUCCCAUCUCCUCCCAAACAGAAGCUGGCACAGGUGUCUGUGGGCCAGACAUCAGUGUACGCCUUGGAUGAAAAUGGGAACCUGUGGUACCGAGCAGGGAUCACCCCCAGCUAUCCACAAGGCUCCAGCUGGGAGCACGUGUCCAAUAAUGUGCGCAAAGUGUCUGUGGGGCCGCUGGACCAGGUCUGGGUGAUUGCCAACAAAGUCCAGGGGAGCCAUGGCCUGAGCCGGGGGACAGUGUGUCGUCGUGUGGGUGUCCAACCUCGGGAGCCCAAGGGGCAGGGCUGGGACUAUGGCAUUGGAGGAGGCUGGGACCACAUCUCUGUCCGAGCCAAUGCCAUCAUGGUACCCAAGAACGUGUCCAGGGAACAGGAGGCCCAUGGUCAAGGUCCCGUUUACUGCUGAGGCCUCUCCUUACCUGGAGGCAAGGAUGGUUUGAGCCAGAAGGACCAGAACCGAGCCUUUCUUGUGUAGUAUGGGAGGGCAUCACCCAGGCCCACACAUGCACAGGGAGUCAGGCCAAAGUCAGCCAUUUUGAAGCACCGACAAAAUGCCCAGAGAUGUGAAACCGUGGGGGUGCUCCCACACGCGUUCCAAGACUGCGAGGGAUGCUGCAGGAGAAGAGUGGAGGAGAUGACUACUGCCUGGGGCCCUCAGCCCUGGUCCCUCCCUGUUAUGCCUCCCAGCUUUCCAGGCCAGGAGUUCAGAGCCCUCCAGAAAUUCUGGCCCUAAAUAGGCAGGUCCAAGGAGGGGCCUUCCUCACCUGGAGACCCCAAAUCACCCCCAGGAGAACCAGCUGUGAGACUCAGGUCUCCAAGCCUCAGUCUGCAGUCAUCCUUCAGCAGGUUUCCAAAUGGGCUUUUGCUCCAAAAGUUAAGCAAAGGAGUUGGGCUUGGUGGCUGAUGCGUAUAUGCCCAGCACUCAGGAGGCUGAGGCAGGGGGAUUGUGAGUGUGAGUUUGAGACCACAUAGCAAGACUAUCAUACACACACACAAUAUCUAGAUAAAUAAACCAGGCAUGAUGGCGCAUGCCUGUAAUCCCAGUACUCAGAAGACAGAGGCAAGAUGAUCAGGAGUUCAAGGAUACCCUCAGCUCCACAGUAAGUUUGAGACCAGCCUGGGCUACCCGAGACCCUGCCUCAGGAACCAGGUGGGUCUUAGCCUGGUUUGGGGGUCCUCUCCUGGGAUACACUGCAAGGUAGUUUCCAUGUAGAGAAUCACCACCAUGAACCCCAGGUUAGCCCCUCUUUCAGAGGUGGGGGCAGGGCCUCCUUGCCCACUUGUUGCAGGGUGGCCAGGUCUGGGUGGAGGCAGCUCACACCCUAGACUUGGGUGAGGAAAUCUGUGCCCUGUGGAAAGGGCUGGGCAGAAGGUACCUGCUGUCCUGAGGUGAGCGCUGUAGCCUGCCUGGCACAGUCUAAGCACUGAGUGUGUGCCCCAGCAGGUGAUGUCUGGUGUUUCAGACCCUGCCCAUGGGGUGCCAGAGCCCCAUCUCUAUCACCCCUCCUAACUGGUUUGCCCUGGAAUCCUCCGUGUGGGGUCAUGAUCAGGAAGGGUUCCAUUCUGCAUGAGAGGUGUCCCCGGAAGCUAAGAGGGAACUACUCUGGGGCCCCAUCCCAAGGAUAUCUGAGGAGCCCCAUGUCCUCAGCAUUUCCAGAGGUGGGACCAGACAUACCCGUGGACAGAGGGGUGCUCAAGGGGUCACUCCCCAGUCUGCAUGUCAGUGUCAGGAUUCCAAGGGAGCGUCCUGGCUUGUCCCCAGCAGCUGUGACCUGUGUGUUCUGCUGCAGAUAGCUCUCAGCAGAGCACCUUGAGGGUGUCACUGCUGAGCAUCAGCUGUUCGCCCCCUCAGUGGCUCCAAACUGUCCAGGCUCCUCAGAUGUUCUAUUUAAUAAAGAUUUAUACCACAGCA